UAGAGACAACACAUCCUGGAAUAAAGUAGUGGUCGUCAAAGGGCGGGCUCUGAGGUCUGUGAUUGGAUGACAGGGGUAAAUCUGCCAGAGUAAAUCCCCUCAUGGCUCAGGGUGUGAUUUGGACCGGGGAUUUGUUUUUAGAGUGAAUUACGCUCCGCAGAGAGGACGGUGACUGCAUUCACCUCCACCCACAAUGCAGCAGAAGAACAGCUGAAGUUGGAUGAAACACCUAAACUCUGACUGAAUGAAACCAGGAGCUAAACCAGCAGACAUGUAGAUCCAGGACGUGAAGAUCCUCCGGAGAGACUGGUAGGUAGAGCUGUUAUGUAACCCAUGAAUGGAGGUAUCAAGUUGAGCAAAUAUGGAAUUAAACUCAAGGACUUCCAAGACAUAUAUAGUUAUCAGCAAAAUGUAUUCAAAGACUCUUUUAACUCAAUUUGAAAAAAAUGAGGAAACAUCUAUGAAUAUAUAUUUUUGGUUUGUUUGUUUUAUAAAUAGUUACAUUGAUGCACCUCAGAAAAUAAAUCAAUCUGGAAAUCUGUUGCUGCAACAGUUGCCUUUUGGAUGCUGAUCCAGCAGCUGGAGGUGAUGUGUAGACACAAUUUCUUAACAAAAAAAUCAUGACAACUUGAUCAAAAAUAUGUAAUCCAACAAAUUUCAUACAGAAUGAAACUUUUAACUCUUGACAUCAAGAUUAAGGUAAAAAAAAAAAAUUCUGUGGACCCACGUUUUCACAAAAGAUCAGCAACAUGGUUCUUCUAACAAGGUUGGUUUGCAAGUCUGGUUUAGUGUUCUGGUCUGUGAUUUAUUCUAGUUGAAUUUAUUGUUUUUGCACAUUUAAAACACAGCAAGAAAACAACUAAAAGGCUGUUAAGUGCAGGAAGACACAAAAACUUAAAAGGUUUAUCCAGGGUCUCCAUCUAAAACAACUUAUAGAGUUAAAUAAAACCAGUGAAUAUUUCUAAAGAGAUGUGUCAGCAACCAGCAGACUGCUGUAGUAAGAGUUCAGGUGAGGGUCAGGACAGGUGUCUCAUUAAACAGAAUGAACGUAGACCGUUCACAUGAAAUAAAAAAAAAAAUGUCAAAACAGUCUGUGAAUAAGUUGUGCUUUGGUAACAAAAAAGUACUAAAGUUUGAAAUACCCUAAAAAACAGUGUGAUAAACACUGACCACAGUACAGCAAAGCAAAUAGGAAUGAAAAAGAGACACUUAUAUGCUGCUUAAAGUGCAGGCAUUUGUGUGCCACGCCACAGAAAACCACAGGUAAGUGGGCGGAGCCCUCCAGGAGAAACCGCAGCUAACCUGCUCAGAAAAACAAAAGAGUGAGGACCAACCUGAACCAAAACUAAGAAACUGAGUCAGUCGGAUAAAAUCUCAAACCAACCUGCAGCAUUCUAAAAUAAAACCAACAUAGCAAAAAAUGGGGUUCAUAUUUUUAGUUUGAUUUAAACUUCUUAGGUUUAAUUGCAAGCUUUGAUCAAUUGGUGACCAGUAUAGAGUUUGGAUGAUGCAAUCAGUCCUGGAAAAAUCCUUUAGGGAAAAAAUGCAAAUUUGGUUUCAUUUCUAUGAGAAAUUGAAGUAAACUUAAUGACAAUUGCUCUUUUUUUUGGUGUAAAUCUAAAACUUGUGGCGGCAUUUAAACUUCUAAUUUCUUGGAGAAAUAAAUUGAAAAAAACAUUUAGACCUUGAUGGCUGCACGGUGGCGCAGUGGUUAGCGCUCUUGCCUCACAGCGAGAAGGCCCCGGUUCAAAUCCCGGCUGGGACCUUUCUGUGUGGAGUUUGCAUGUUCUCCCCGUGCAUGCGUGGGUUUUCACCGGGGACUCCGGCUUCCUCCCACCAUAAACUAAAAUCAAGUUAAAUGCAUCUCGUUCUGCCUUGCAGGGUGCAUUGUGUGCAGCUGCGUCCUCUGCUCUGCAGCCGGUAGCGUCUCUCUGAUGCGAGAUGCCUUUGGUCAGGAGGAACAUCGAGCCUCGGCACCUGUGCCAAGGCCCUGUGCCGGGCGGGAUCGGGAAUGAGCUGGAAUGUGUGACCAACAACACACUGUCUGCCAUCAUUCGCCAACUCAGCAGUCUGAGUAAACAGGCAGAAAAUGUUUUUGGAGAGCUUUUUAACGAGGCCAACACAUUUUACGUGCGAGCAAACUCUCUGCAGGACCGGAUCGACCGCUUGGCCGUCAAAGUCACCCAGCUGGACUCGGGCGUGGAGGAAGUGUGUCUGAAGGACAUAAACAUGAGGAAGGCGUUCAGGAGCUCUGCGGUCCAGAACCAGCAGGUUUUGUCCAAAAGCAGCACUCCCAGCUGCGUGGCUGACAUGUACAACAGCUGCGACAGGCCUCCUCCUCUCAGCACGCUCUCAUCCUACAGAGAAGACUCCAUUGAUGCCAUGAAGUUCUACUCAGACCCGUCCUACUUCUUUGACUUGUGGAAAGAGAAGAUGCUUCAAGACACAGAAGACAAGCGGAAAGAAAGGCGGAGGCAAAGGGAACAGAAGAGAUGCGUGGAGAGCAACACGUUUCAACGUGACGUUAAGAAGGUGAGGAAGGCUCGCAACCGUAGGCAGGAGUGGAACAUCAUGGCGUUUGAUAAAGAACUGCGUCCAGACCACCGACAUCCGCAGAGCCUUCGGCGAGCGGCCUCCUCAGAGGGCUCCCUCUCCCCAGAUGGCAGGCCUGAGCUCCUGGGCUACCCCGUCCCUCCGGUGCCAGCACAGGUUGCUGCCAACUGUGAUGGCGUUCCUAGGAAUGCCCAGCCCUCACCGCCAGUGGAGCAUGAAUACCACAGCAUUGAUGUCAACUACAAGAGAGUGACCUACGCAGAUCAGAUGGAUGCUUCCGUUUGUCCACCAGCAGAGUACCACUCGAUCACUCCACUUCCUGUCUCGGCCCCGCCCAUCCCAUCAGCAAAAACAGCCUUUGGUUUUCCUCUGGCCACACCAACUCCUCAUAAUGGAGGUUUACCUGUAGGCCCAGGAUGCCCACUCCCACCUGUACCUCCACCCAUCCCACCACCUCCAUCUCUCCCCUCUCCAGCUGCACUCUCACACCUGCCCGGACACAUAGAAGGAAGCAGGAUGGAAACUAAACCAGUGAGAGAUGCCAGAAGCGAUCUGCUGUCUGCCAUCCGCAUGGGAAUCCAACUGAAGAAAGUUCAAGAGCAGCAGGAGCAGCAAAGCAAGCAGGAGCCAGUAGGGAAUGACGUGGCAACCAUCCUUUCCCGCCGAAUUGCAGUGGAAUACAGCGACUCCGAGGAGGAUUCUGACCUGGAUGAAAACGAGUGGUCGGACUAAUCUGCUUGAAGAAGGAAAAAAAUAAAGUGUAGUGAAGCACUCCUGCACUUUUAUUGAUAUGGACAUAAUAAAGCUGCAAAAGUUCACCUUUGUUAGGAAUAAAGAAAUUAUUCAUACUUAAAAUUAAUAGAAAAAUAUUUAAUUUUACGGUUGUCUGUGAUUAAUAAUUUGUCUUUUAUUUUCAGUAAUAUUUUCACAAACCUCAUCUCUGUUAGGCAGCUAUACCCCAGCAACAAGAUCUCCUUCCCCACUACAAAAAACAGAAAUAAAUAAUAUAUGAAGUGAUUCAAUGUUGCAGCUUCUUUGGUUUCUGGUUCUUUGACUCCUAUUUCAUGGUUGUCUGAAACACUAGAUAAGUGCAAAGACACCUCAAUUCAGAACAAUUUUAUUCUAAAAAGUGGGAAAAAUAAAAUAGGUAUUUUUA